GGAAGUCUACUGGACGAAUGCGGGAACGUUGCGAUAUUUCCUGCUUAAUAUUUUCAGAUAUGGGAAAAGCACUUAAGAUGAGCACACGUUUCAGGAACGUUAAAAUUAAGUUGGUGAGGAGGUCUAUGGUGGGCCCUGCGAAGUUUUCUUACCUCAGUCAAGGUCUUCCCCAGCCCAGCUACAAACAGACCCACCCUUCAGACCCUUCUAUUACAUCUCAACCUGCUGAACCUGAUGAUGUGACACCGAGCUGUUCUGAGAGCGCAUACAGUAAGGCAAAGAAGAGAGAGCUUCAUGCCUGGGAUGCAGUCAAGGAUGAGAUCCUUAAGGUGACGUUUGAAUGUUCGGCACCGAUCACUACCCAGUGUGUUGUCUGCCGAGAACAUGCUGAUUAUAGGUGCAUUGAGUGCAGCUCCACUGCAGUGUUCUGUGAGGUUUGCCUGAAGAGGAUUCACAGAAAUUCACUGCAUCUUCCUGAAAAGUGGAAUAGUGUUUACUAUGAGCCAUCCUCCCUGGGGUUAUUCCUAUAUUUACCUGAAGGCCAUGGCACCCAUGCUGUGUACACAAAGGACAUGAAGGUCAUUGUCAGCACAGGACGGCUCUGUCUGUUACAGUCACCAUGUGUGCGUGUGAACCAGAAACCUGUACUCUGCUAAGAUAUGGGCUCUGACCAGCAACAGCCACAAGCCCCAGACAGACAGCCUUCUCCAUCCCUCUGCUAGAGCUUUCUGUUUCUCUGGCACUGGAGUGUCAG